AUGGAAUAUACAAUAUCAGAGCACGACACGUUGGAAAGGGUCGCCGCCUCGCAUGAUUGUACAGUAGGCGAAUUAAUGAAGCUCAACAAAAUGGCAUCGCGAAUGGUUUUCCCCGGUCAAAAGAUCCUCGUCCCCAUCUCGAACUCUGACGAUGUUUUUGAACCACCUUCCGCGUCUUCCGCCGCCGUCAAAAAAGGACCAGGCGGCGCAGUUCCCGCGCACAUCCGACGCGGAAGCUUCAACAAUAAAACAAUGUCCGCACCGGUGCCGCGUGAUAGUUCGGAUGAAGUGGAUACCGAUUGUUUGCAGAGGUUUUUGAAGAUUAAGGUGAAACAGGUCACUGAAUCGGAUGGAACUGUGUCUGGAACUUUGCUGGUCACACCGAAUUGUCUGAUGUUUGAUCCGGAUGUUUCGCAUCCACUUGUCAAGGAGAAUGGACCCGAUUUGUAUGGGAUGGUUGCCAAGUGAGUAUUUUUUGCCUAAAAAACCCAUUUUUUCGUGAAAAAUCCGAUUUUUUUGGUCUAGAACUUGGAAAAAUCACUUCAAGACCUGGUUUUUCACGAAAAAUUCGAUUUUUUCGCUCUGGGACCUGGAAAAUCGCAAGAAAUUGCUCAGUUUCACGUGAAAAGGGGUGAAAAAUCAAUUUGAAGCAAUUCUUGGGUCCUGGAGCGAAAAAAUCGACAUUUUUUCCUGAAAAAUUCAAUUUUUUCGCUAAACUAUUGUCAAGUCACUAGACUAGACUCUAGUCUGACGAAUUGAUCGUUGAUCAAUUAAAAUUUUAUAGUUUGAACCUGUAUUCAACAAAUAUUGUCUAGUUUGAUCUCUCGUGCAGACUAGACAAUGUUUUUCUAUUAGACUAGAGUCUAGUCUAGUCACAAGACAUUAUUUUUGGGUCCUGCACCGAAAAAAUCGUAUUUUGUCGUUUCAAGACCUUGUUUAUACUCAAAAUGACUAGAAUUUAAUGAAAAAUUUGAUUUUUUCGCUCUGGGAGCUCAAAAAUCGCUGCGAGACCCAAUUUUACAUCAGAAAUCCGAUUUUUUCGCUCCAGGACCAUGUUUAUACUCAAAUUGAUCAGAAUUUCAUCAGAAAUCCUAUUUUUUCGGUCUGGGAGCUCAAAAAUCGUAAUUUUUCGCUCCAGGGCCAUAUUUACACUCAAAAUGACUAGAAUUUCAUGAAAAAUCGGUAAUUUUCGACCCGGGACAUCAGAAAUUCGAUUUUUUCGCUCCGGGACCUCAAAAAUCGCCUCGAGACCUAAUUUUUCAAGAAAAAUUCGAUUUUUUUGCUCUGGGACAACGAAAAUCACUGCAAGACCCAAUUUUCAUCCAAUUUUUUGCAGCAUGGACGAAAUCAUGGCUGUUUCCGUCUACAAAGAGAUUGGCGGUCUGACCGGUGAUCGCGCCGAGAAAAAACGCGAUAUUUUCGAUCCGGAUCACGUGCGCACAACUCAAGAGCAGCAGCAAACGCGCCCCAUCGAAAUCCCGGCGGGAAAUGUUAUAUUUCAAACCGGAGAGGAUUCCCACUCACCCAAGGUCGGAAGCGAAUCAACACUUCCCUCGAUCACCGAAGAAUCCGGAGCCCAACCGCUCGUGCACCUCUCCGGAGCUCUGCACGCCAUCCGCGCGGGAACUGAGGAAGAUCUACGUGUCAAGACGCGCUCGCGAACCUCGUCGCAGAAUAGCAACGAGGAACGUCCGCGUAGCUACUCGGAGCUUGACGCGCCGCCGCCGGACGGAAAGAUUGGCCGCUUCUCGCCGAAUGCCGCGCGGAGAAGCUUCGGGAAAUUGGGACGGACGUUGAGCGCCCGUGCCAAAUCGAUUCAGGGAACUGUGACGUCAGGCACUAAAACUGUGGUGACGCAUACAAAAAGCGCUGCUGACACUUUGACUACGGGCAUUGAGAAUGGUGUAAAAGUGGUGGGAGAGCAGGCGAAGGUGAGUUAUGACGUGGCAAAAUGUUGGGAAUCGCCUCGAGACCCGGAAAUAUCGAUUUUCCGGGGUUUAGGAGCUGAAAAAUCGCCUCAGACAAUGAUUUUUGAUGAAAAAUUCGAUUUUUUUGCUUUAGAACCUUGAAAAUUGCUCCGAAACUCGUUUUCUAAUGAAAAAUUCGAUUUUUGUGGUCCCGGACCAUGUUUACACUCGAAAUUUCAAAAAAUUCAUGAAAAAUUCGAUUUUUUCAGUCUAGAAUGAAAAAAAUUGCUUUAAAAUGCAGUUUUUGAUGAAAAAAUCGGAUAAAAUUGCUCCAAGACCCAAUUUUUGACGAAAAAUCGGAUUUUCUGGCUCUUGGAGCUGAAAUAUUGCUUCAAGACCCAAUUUUUCAUUAAAAAAUCGAUUCUUUCGCUCCUGAACCGUGAAAAAUUCGAAUUUUCCAGAUUCCUGACUCUUAAAAAAUUGAAAAUUAAAAAAAAAUCAGAAGUUACGUGAUGUUCCAGUUUUUUUUUCACGUGAAAUUUGAAAUUUUCAAAUAAAAUCGGUAUUUCUGAUUUUUGAGAACCUAAAAGGUGAGUAAAAUUGGAAUUUUCCGGAUCCCAGAGCUAUGACGUGGCAAAUUCCUGCGAUUUCCAGGCUGCCGCUGAUGUUGCUGGACGAGUUGUGGAUCGUGGACAAUCGCUGAUGAAUGAUAGUAUCAAUGGGGUUCAGGAGAUUUUUAGUGUGCCGGAAUUUGAGGUGAGAUAAGCGGAGGGUGCUUGAGAGAGCGCUGGAGACAAGGGGUGGACGCUAGACACCUCAAAAAUGACGUGAAGACUUGGAUGCUUGACACCUAAUCUGAGCCCCAAGGCGCCACUGCUUGACAGAGCUCUGGAGACAAGGGCUGGACAUCACAAAAAUGACAUGAAGGCGUGGCUGCUUGACACCUAAUCUAAGCCCCAAGGCCUUGCUGCUUGACAAAGCUCUGUACCUCUAGGCGCCGCUGCUUGACACGAGAACUAUACCCCAUAGGCGUGGCUGCUUGACGCCUAAUCUAAGCCCCAAGGCGCCGGUGCUUUAGAGCCCCCAGGAUCUCUAGGCGCCGCUGCUUGACAUCAAAAAUCGUUCCCAUUUAUGAUUCAUGAUUUACAAAUUCACCGUUCAACUUUUACUUUUUCUCUGCGUCUCUUCAUCUCUCUCACUCUCUCACUCUCUCUCUAUCCAAUUUCAUCUAGUUAUUCAAUUCCAAGUAAAUUAUCAUACGUUCUUUUUAAGUGGCGAAACCGGUUGAGAGAGAGAGAGAGAGAGAGAGAGAGAGUUAGAGACGCAGAGAGAUUAACAAGAUUAUUUUGUUGUAUCUAUUAUGAAAGAACUUUUCAUAAUAAUACAUUUUUUGUUUACCCCGAUCUCUACACAACUUAGCCUAACUCUACUUUUUGUGCACAAAAAUGCUGCGGAAACCGUUCCGCAAACGGUCGGAUAGCUAUGAUCUACUUGAAGCUGGGGUAAUUUUGGAUUUUUCGGGGCCAGGGCCGAAAAAAUCGGAUUUUUUAGCCUCUGGACCGAAAAAAUCGGAUUUUCUAGGCUCAGGACCGGAAAAAAUCGGAUUUUCUGGGCUCAGGGCCGGAAAAAUUGGGUUUUCUAGGCUCAUGGCCAGAAAAAUUGGAUUUUCUAGGCCCUAGACCGGAAAAAUCGGAUUCUCUAGGCUCAGGGCCGAAAAAAUCGGGUUUUCUAGGCUCGGGGCCGGAAAAAUUGGAUUUUCCAGCUCCCAGACCGGAAAACUUGGAUUUUCUAGGCUCAGAGCCAAAAAUAUCGGAUUUUCUAGGCUCGGAGCCGGAAAAACCGGAUUUUCUAGGUUCUAGACCUGAAAAAUCGGAUUUUCCGGGUUCUGAGCCGGAAAAAGUCGGAUUUUUCAGCCUCCAAACUCACAAAAUCUCAAAAUUUUCAUUACAGAACUCAAAUCAACCGCAAAAAUCGUCAAUGGUCAUGAAACGUGAACAAUCGCUGGCCAAAUUGCAGGAUUUGCGAAGGCAGACCGCCGAAUUUCGUGAAAUUUCGGUCAAGGAGAAUAAGACGAGCUUGUGAGUUGAUUUUGGGGCCAUUUUUGAGCUCCCAGAGCGGGAAAAUUGGAUUUUUUAUGAAAAUUUGGGUCCUGGAGCGAUGUUUGAAGUCCUAAGGCUGGAAAAUUGGAAUUUUUCGCUCCAGGAUCUAGUUUAUACUCAAAUUGACCGGAAUUUCAUGAAAAAUCCAAAAUUUUCAGUCCGGGACCUUAAAAAUCACAUUUUUAGCCCCAAAAAUUCCCAAAUUUUAAGAUUUUCAUGUGCCACCUCCACUGAUGAAAUGCCCGAUCUUUUCUCAUCAGCCGAUCAACUUUUGGAGAGAAAUCAAAGUUCCGGAGACUCGCCACCACCUGUUCUACCAUUCUACAUGGCUGUUAGACUAACAAGAACCAAGAGGAGGAAAAGUCGAAGUGAGUCUAGUUUUUUGGCCCGAAAAUUUGGAGCAUUUUGAGCCCGAAUAAACCUAGGGGGCUUUUGGAAGGCCUUAAGGCCCUUAAGAAGCCUUUAAAAAUGACUUAAGCCUUUUAAGAAGGCCUCAAGCCAAUUAAAAGGCCCUUAAAGCCUUUAAGAAGUUCUAAAGCCCAUUAAAAGGGCCUUAAAGCCUUUAAGAAGGCUUUAAAGGUCUUAAGGCUCUCAAGAAGGCCUUAAGGCUCUUAAUAAGGCCUCAAGCCCUUUGAGAAGGCUUUAAGCCCUUUAAGAAUGCUUUAAGGCUCUUAAGAAGGCCUCAAGCCCUUUAAGAAGGCCUUAAGCCCUUUAAGAAGCCUUAUGGGCUUUGGGAAGGCCUGAAAUCUCUUCAAUAAGGCCUUAAGCCCUUUAAGAAGCCUUUUGGGCUUUGGGGAGGCCCUUACGUUCCUAAGAAGGCCUUAAGGCCCCCAAGAAUCUCUUAAGGCCCUUAAAAAGUCCCUAAGCUCUUUAAGAAGCUCUUGAGCCCUUUUCGAAGGCCCUAAGGCCCUUAAGAAGCCCUUAAAGCCCCUAAACUUUGAAAAAUCCCAAAAAAAAAAUAAAACAAAAAAAUAUCCUCUCAAUUUGUCGUUGUUUUCUCCUCCUCAUCCCGAGACAAAAUGACGAGAGAUUGGAGAUUUUGAAGAGACGCAGACACGAGGCUUUUCCCUCUUUUUCUCCAAUUUUUUGCCACACAACGUUUUUUUUUCGAGAAAAUUCCAUAUUUUCGCAAUUUAAUGGGAUGAAUAUUGAUUUUUGCAGAAUCUUCACCAACUUCCUAUUAUUCCACGUCAGACGAGGAUUGUGCGUUUGGAAAUAAGCUGAAAAGAGAGUUUUGGUGGGUUUUUUGGGGUUUUGGAGCGAAAAUAUCGGGGUUUUCAUGAAUUUUCGGACUUUCUGAGUGUAAAUAUGGUCCUGAACCUGGAAAAUUGGAUUUUUCAUGGAUUUUUGAACAUUUUAAGUAUAAAUAUGAUCCUAAAACUGAAAAAUUGGAUUUUUCAUGAAUUUUAGAUAAUUUUGAGUAUAAAUAUGGUCCGGGACCUGAAAAAUCGGAUUUUUCAUGAUUUUUCGUGAAUUUUGAGUGUAAAUAUGGUCCUGGACCUUGAAAAUCUCAUUUUUUACAGGUUUGCCAUCCCUAGAACUCGAGCCGAUAAUAUUUAUCAUUUUUUACUGCAGUGGUCACCGGAUAAAUACGGAUUGGUAAGGAUUUUUGGGGUUUUGGAGCAUUUUUGGGCUCUUUUAGUGCUUUGGGAGCUUUUUAGAGCAAUUUAGGGUGUUCUUAAGCUCUUAAGAGCCUUAAGGAGCCUCUUGAGAGCAUUUUUAAGGUUUUUAGAGCUUUCUGGAGCAUUUUGGAGCAAUUUUAAGGUUAAAUUUUAACGCUGAUGUCUAACCUAAGAACCCUAAGAACCUUACCCAAAUUUUAAACUUUUUAUCAUUUUUGCAAUAGUCAAAACACAUUUUUCAUAUAAAAAUAGGCUUAUUUAAGAAAUUUGAUAUUGUGUUUAUUUUAUUUGGUUUAUAAUUAGUUUUUUGGGCAAAUUUUGUGCAAAAAUGAGCAUUUUUGAGCUGAAAAUGCUCCAAAUUUGGUCAUUUUUGGCUGAAAAUGCUCCAAAAACCCAUAUUUUUGCAGGACGCUACGAAUAAUUCGGAAAAUCCCACGCAAACAUCCACAGAUCCCAUAAUGAUAUCGGAAAAUGGUCACGAGAAGGGAUUUAUUGUGUUGGAUGCGAGUGCUGAUGAGAGUUUGUCAGGUUAG